AUGGCGGAAACCUCUCCGACACCCCAGCGGCCGCUACGGAUCGGUACGCGACGAUCCAAUCUGGCCAUGGUCCAGGCGGAGGGCAUCCGGGAUAGCCUGCAAAAGAUUGCCCCGGAUCGAUCCUAUGAGAUCGAAGGCAUCCGCACACUGGGCGAUCGAGACAAGCUAACGGCGCUGUAUAACUUUGGCGCUAAGAGCCUUUGGACCACCGAGCUGGAAGAAAAGCUCACUUCCGGUGAAUUGGAUGUCAUUGUGCAUUGUCUGAAGGAUAUGCCGACGAGGCUUCCCGACUCUUGUGAGCUCGCAGUCAUCCCACCUCGGGAUGAUCCCCGGGACGCCUUGAUUGUCAAGGCUGGGCUGCCAUACACGAGCUUGAAGAGCCUCCCCGAGGGCGCGGUAGUCGGCACUUCCUCCGUGCGGCGCUCAGCGCAGCUCCGGCGUCUCUAUCCGUCUCUCCGGUUCGCCAAUCUCCGCGGCAAUGUAGAGACUCGUCUCGCCAAGGUGGACGACCCGGACAGUGAGUAUACGUGUAUGGUCAUGUCUGCGGCGGGCCUUGAGCGGGUGGGCCUCAAGCAUCGUAUCAACCAGUACCUGGGAUCCAAGGACGGGGGAAUUCUCCAUGCCGUUGGCCAGGGCGCGCUUGGCUUGGAGAUUCGCAAGGGAGACCGUAAAAUGCAGGAAUUGCUGGGCCAACUGGCUGACCAGAAAUCCACUCUUGCUUGCCUUGCUGAGAGGUCUCUCAUGAGAACCCUCGAGGGUGGUUGCAGUGUCCCGAUUGGAGUUGAAACGGAAUGGACGCCUUCGGGAGAUUUGAGGAUGAACGCUAUCGUCGUCAGUCUAGACGGCACCCAGAGCGUCGAGGACAAUAUUAUUAAAAGAGUCCAGACUGUCGAGGAAGCAAACGCGCUCGGAGAGGAACUUGCAGCUAGACUGGUCAAGGCUGGCGCAGGGGAGAUCCUAGACGAUAUCAACGCCAACCGGCCUCCCAAAGACUGA